CACACUCCAAACCUGCCCACUUCCUUCGUCAUACUCUUAUCCCCCAAACAAACACGCCAAUAAUCACUUACCGACCUAAUCAGCCACCUGUAUAGACACACACACACACACACACGAGCCCACAUUCCCAAACCACGUACAUGGUGUCUGUCGACCUUUCGCACACCUGCUCUUGCGGCUCAGUUGGUGCCAUUGCCAUUGCCAUUGCCGUUGUUGUGGUUGUGGUUAUGGUUGUGGUGGUUGUUGUUAUUGCCGUUUCCAUUCCCGUUUCUGCCGUUUCUCUUGCGUCUCCUAGCCCUUGCCAAUGGGGAAUCGGUAUGGUUUGCCGAGGGCAGUGUGAGCGCCCCAGGGGGCGGCAGCUCGGGCACGCGCCAGUGCAGGAGGUCAUAGUGGUCUGGGUGGGGGUACCCUGCACACAGACACACUCACACAGAAACAUGCACACAUGCAUGAGCAGAGAGGGAGUGGUGGACUUGCCUGGCCCUUUCUUGAGUAGGCCCAGAGUGGCUGGGGAGCUGUAUCGGUGCUCGAAGUAUGGGUGCCGCCUCGGCCGCCCCUUGGUGUCCAAUGGCAGCCGCAAACUGCCCUCUUGCGGAAGCUGAAAAUACACGGACGCAGGAGAGAUGGAGAGAAAGACACAAGCAGACAAGGAGCCAGUGUGUUGAGCUGGCGCUCCUUCCUCCAUUCGACUAAGUUCUGACCUCGAGUUUUUCGAAUGUGUGUCUUGCUUCCGUCCGGAAGACGAUGACGUCACCGUACUCAACCGGGGGGAUGCCUGCAUUCCAUCCCAUCCCAUCCCCCCCACACAUGGCACCAUGUGGUGGGCAGAGCUCAGGCAGGUCUAGUAGGUCUGGUCAGCUCACUCACCGAGCCCCUUCCGCGGCUUGGCGUCAUUCUGCUCGAACCGGAACCUCUCGGGCGAGUCCUGCCUUGUGAGCACGGGACGCUCCUACAACACGCAGACACGCAAGGUAAAAGCUCUUGUCGGUGUCUCUGUCUUGGGGUGUGUGUGCGUGAUCGGGGCUGGCUGAUGCACUCACAUAUGGGUGUGGCGAGAUACACGCGGCCACACCGCCGCUGGACAGCUCCCUGCACAUAUUGCAAUCAACCGCAUAAACAGCAGCGUAAGUGGGUGGAUCUCUCUCUCUCUCUCUCUCCCUGUCUUUCUAUCUGUCUGUCUGUCUGUCGCUCCUCCCGUCCAUUGGCACACCGGUGCUGUAUGACGGGCGCCAUAGGUGGCCUGAGUGGCCUCCGCGGAGGCAGCUCACUCUCACCGCCCUCUUCGCCGCCCUCCUCGCCACCCUCAAACCCACCUGAUUGAUGGGUGGAUAGAUCAUGCGCAUGUCUCUCCUUUCUGGGGCAUGGAUUCUGUGCACCUGGGGUGUCUGCAUACCUGAUGCCGCUCGUCUGAGUUGGUACUCGGGGUCGAAUCUGUGCAUUGGUGAGAAGAGCUCCGAGGCGGACCGACGCAUCUGGAGCACCCUUUGCUGCAGCCAGGGAUGGAUGGAUGGAUGGGCCCACAAAUGAUGAGAUGAUGUGCACAGGCGACCAGGUGUUGCAUUAUUGCCUACCAUAUCUGUGGAGACAUUCUUCAGACUGGCAGUGCAAACAAACAAACAAACAAACAAAGGAACAAACAAAGGGGAGACACAGCCGAUAAAGAUCCAUGUGUGUCUGUGUGGGGGUAGCUGUUCUUGCUCACUUCCCGCCGAUGAUGCCCUCGUGCUCCGUCUGAGACAGACCUGGGCAAACAACAUCCGAUCGUCUAGCCCUGUGCAAUCGCGGAAUGGAUGAUAUCCUCCUACCUGAUCCCUUUCGUCUGAGACCGUCGGUUGAGUCGAAUCGAUGAAAGGGAGACGACCCACGGGUAGGAAUCACCACCUUCGCCCCUACACGAAGGACGUCAACACACAAGCACACCAACACACACACAGAGAGCAUUUCUUUCCCCAUUCUUUCCUCUAGGCUAUCUAUGACACUCACUGGGGUCGUAUGGCUUCCAAGGCGGCGGCUGUGAGACACUGGGCCUCACCCUCGCCUUGCCGGGAGUCCGCAGCCUUGCCCUCUCAUUCUGCUGCCCAUACGCACCCUUGUACACCACGGGCAGCUCUGCGUCGAUCAUUUUCUUGGGCUUGACCGAUCCCAUCAUGAAGCGGGGGUCCUCCCAUUGCUGGCCCCCUGCAAUGGGGUAGAGGGGCGGCCGGUGGGGAGGGGCGAACUUGCGGCGGCCGCGGGGGUCUGCAGACUUGGACCGGAGCUUCACGCCCUUGGAUGUCACCUGGAGACACACACAGAAGAGGCAGAGGCAAUAUAGAAAAUCUCUUUAUCGGAUUUGCAGGCUGCAGCUCACGGCAUGCAGCCAGUGCCAUCCCGAGUACUGGCCCGGGUGGACAGCCGCCCCAGGCACAUCCACCCGCCGCUUGCUCAGGAACCCAUAGGUGACGAGCGUCGAUGGCAGAGUCUGCACCUCGACACACGGGCCCCUCUGCUUCCUAGUGAAGCCGUAGACGCCACGAGCUGCAGUCUCCUCUUUGGGUGCCGCAAAAGGCCCGCGUUGCUUGCUGGGAAAUCCAUAGACAGCACGGGCAGGGGAGCGUGGCCGCGUGAUGACCGGGUGGCCCACAGUGCAAUCCUCGGGUGGGAUCAGGUGCAUCAGGUUGCCGGCUGACUUGCUCAGUUCCAGCACCCCAUCCCCAUCCAUCCAGGGCACGAGGGGCUCACAUGAGCCCGGCUUCACGUUGCUCUCCCACGCCAUGACACACGUCGGUUAAUUCGGGACUCGCGAAGCCUGCUGAGAGUGGCACGCUCUUACCGUCCAAAGUAUUUGUCCGUAAUGGGUCGGGACGGUCCAAACCCGAGA